UUAAAGUUUGGAGUGGAAAUCGAAUAUUGCGAACUGAACCAUCGCACUCGAAAAUAAAGUGCUUGAAAAUUGAAAAUAUUUGAUAGUAACCAAAUAUUUUGGAACAAUCGACUGGUAAGGUCUGGUUACUGCUCUCUGUCUGCUAAACAAAGUAACGAAAGUUAUCGGUAGUGUAACAACGACAUAAGUUUCCGAUGCAAUGCAGAAGCAACAAAAUGAUAGGCGACCCAAAUCUUUGAGUUAAGUGUCUGUUAGUGGCACUCGCACCUUGUCGUUGGUGUUCUUUAGGUAGCCUUUAGGUGAACGCAACGCAUGAAUCGAGCUCGGAUGCAACUCUUUUCCAUUGUUAGCCCGGUAAAUAUCAUGGCACCUGCUUGUGUGUGACGUUAUUGGUGACGUUAUUACUUUCGCUUUUUAUUUCUUUUACGCCACUCAGUAUUCAUUAUUGCAUACUUACGAUUCGUGUUAGAUUCGUCGUCGAAAAGUUCAUGUUCUCCCAACUCUACGAGGAAAGAAUCGUUGCUGCUGUGCGGGCCCUUGCCCCAAAAGUAGUGAUAUUUUAUUCCGGUUUCUUUUCACUUCUAAACGUAUUGCGCGUUUUAGUACCUUAAUUUCACGCAGAUCUGCGCAGUUUCUUUACCAAUAUUGCUAUCAGUGAUAACGAUAUGCUUAACAAAACUAACAAUCCUGAAGUUUUGAUCUGGUGAGGCAAUUUCGUACCUGCGUUUUUAUUCCAAACGAGGACUUAGACGACAGUAGCUGAAGUGUAAGUUCAUACGUAGUUGCAGUGCCAGAACAAUUACAAAGUACCGUAUAGGCUCAUGGAUCAUAGCGUUUAGUAUAAAUUGUAACGUGCGAGCUGUCGGCGGAGCACUCUUCGGGUUGAGCUGGUGGCGCUGGCGUACGAAGUUCUCGAUAUUGGAAAUGAAAAGAAGGACAUGGCAUGGAGUAGCUUACCUAGGGAAAUGUAGUGAUAGUAGAGAUCAAAAUAAAUUUAGUAAUUCUAUUAGAAGCGAUUUCAUUUAUCUUGCAGUCGUUAUGGGCAAAGGGUUCCAAAGAAGGUCCAUGUGCUGAUAUAUGCGAAGGGUAUAGUGCUACUAGCAGAUCAAGUACAGCAUAUCGAGAAACUUGAGAAUAUGAGCGGCGAUUCAGUGAUAAAUAUAUGCUUUAAAUUUUGCACAUAGAAAUCGAAACAUGGUAUUUGAUGUUGACAAGAGCAAUGAACUAGCAUCAAUUCAACAGAAAGUCAUUCCCAUAGGCAUACAUAAACAUAGGUAUAACAUAGGCAUAAACAUAAACAUAAACAAAACAUAAACAUAGAUAAACAUACAUAGCUAUAAACAUAGGUAUACAUAAACAAGGAAAGGAGUACUUAAACAUCCCGCAAAAUAAUGAAAUAAUGAUGGGGAAGCGGAAUAAAGUAAUUAUGAACUCAAGAGAACUUUGGGGCGACAAUAACUGUGAGGUCGUACGAAAAACCAAGAAAACGGUAAUGGUGCCAGUGCAAUUGCUUGGAAAUGCCAUUCUAUGCUUUAAAUCCGACAUCAUAUCGUAGUUGGAAAUCAAUCAAAGAUCGGUACUGAGGAUUGGCUUUGUAAGCCCAUGGUAAAGCCAUAAAUGAGGCGAGUAGGGGCAAAAGGCUUGGGCCUCAUUUCAAUCAGAGAAGCGAAGAGCAAAAUAAUUUUGAAUAAACACUCAGGAACCUGCAUGAUAAUAAGUGAGCGGCGAAAGCGUACAAAUAUUUAUUCCACAAAGCGUGGACGAGAAAUUAAAGAGCAGGUGAAGAAUGUUGGCUCGCAGGUACAGCGUAUCAUAAGUUAUCGUGCAGUCCCGCAGUCGGGACGAAGAGGAAGAAGGUGUCAAGCCGGUGCCCGCUCAUCGCUGCGAACUACCUUCCCCUGUAAGCACACGAGGCCUAGCACGAGCACGGCACUCGAGGGCGACGGGCAGCGUCGACGAUUUCGACGCGGCCUGAAAUGGACCUCCGCUGCUCGAACCCACCGAACUUCAAGCCCCUCAUGAGCAGACCCACCAACGAUCCGCCCGAAACGCAAGACAUGGACGACGAUCGCUACCGCGGCUACUCCGACACCGAAGCCACCGGAGACGGAGAGCUCGAGGGUGCCGCCAUGCAGCAUGACCAACCAGGUACGUCAAACACAUACGAUACCGCCGAGCAAUGGCAGAUUUAUACUUCAAAACGCCAGAAAAAACAGCAGAGGAGCGGAUCGCGGAACGCUGCCAUUUUGAACUCGAACGAGACCCGGAGCGGGGAGAACAAUAGCAAGAUGGCGCCGGCCGCCUCGGCAGCAGGUGGUGUGAGCGGAACGACAGCUGGCGCGCCAGCUGCGCACAAAGAACAACGACAGCCGCGUCAAAGGCUGCCACCGCUCCCAAAGGGCGACGCCAAAAUUAUUAUCAGACCAAAGAAUGGCCUACCAAUCAAAGCACUGAAGGCGAUAGAAAUCGUGCAAGCCAUCAUCGAGGCAUGCAACAACAAAUUCAAGGAUGAAGACUUCAUAGUCAGACUAAGGACAGGAUCGAACAUCAUCAUAGCAAGUACUUCGAACGAGGAAGUAGCGAAGAUGAUGCUCGGAAUAACCAACCUACGAGUCAGAGGCCAAGCCUACGAGGUCAACAGAUACGUGGCAAUGCCGGAGGACGUCAAGCGAGCCGUAAUACACGGAGUCCCCGCGGGAACGCCGACGGAAAUGCUCAAGGCGAAGAUACGAGUCCGCACCCAAGGGGUUGUGGUGCUCUCCGCAAGAAUGCUAGGAAAAUCGGAGACGGCGGUCAUCACCUUUGACGCCUCCAUCAUACCCAAAUACGUGAUCUUUGCGGGCGCAGAGUUUAGAUGCUACCCAUACCGGCCGACGAGGCAGGUGUGCUACAUUUGCUGCCAGCAGGGCCACCGCUCCGACGUCUGCCCGACGCCAAACGCCAAGGCGUGCAGGCAAUGUGGAAUGCAGAAUCCGCCGGAAAAUCACCAAUGCCAAACCAAGUGCCUGAUAUGUGGAGGCGACCACGCCACCGGAUCCAGGGACUGCAAGGAUCGCCUGAAGAAAGCCAGAGAACUGCGAGGUCGACAGCACCAGUCGCAGCAGCAGCAGCGCAGCAGCAGGGAGGAAGAACGGAGGCAACGCCAUCCGAGAUGGUUCAGCUCGGAGGGCGAGCGGAGCCGAUCCCGGAGCCGGUCACGGAACGGGUCACGGAACGGGUCACGGAGCCAGUCGCGGAGCCGUUCACGGAGCCGGUCCCGGUCCUUCCCACCCCUGCCGCCCCCGGCCAUCGAGGGCCAGCAGCAGCAGCAGAAAAAAAAAGAAGCCCAAGGGUGGCACGAAGGUCGAGCGGUAAGACGACACAGGAUUGACCCGCACAUGGGACACAAAAUUGAUCUAUUAUUGGAUAUGGCUCCCAGUCCCGAAGAAGAAGGCCCAGACACUGGAUAUAACGGAACUGGCAUCUCGGGUUCCCCAAGUUUCAUUGAUAUCCUGACCGUAAACCUAAAGUGCGGUGUUUGCAAAUGCGGAUUUCCUUCGACCAUUGAGCAAUAUGGACGUGAAAUGGGCUGCACUCAAGAGGUGAAAAAAUUAAGUUGUUCUUGCCCGCCCAAUAUCUGCUCCAUGGACCAGAUUGCGACGUGUCUAAAAAAUUGGGCCAGCGGUAAAUGCAAGUGGGAAAACUUUUUCAUCGUUUGCCCCUAAUCUCGCAAUAAAGGCCUCGUUAUCAAACUGUGCC